AUGCUCACCUCGCUUCUCCUCUACUCUUUGCUCCCGUUCUCGUUUCUAGCAGCCGAAUCCGAAAAUGCGACGGCCGCCCGUGAGUCUUUUUUUGGGCAGCAUUGCGCAACCGGGAUGCGCGACGCAAUCAAAUGAGGGCAAGCCGAGGGCGAUUCUCUCAAUAGGACCAGUUUUUGAAUUUCGCGCCGUUUAUUUUAUUCAAUACCCUAAUUCAAAACGGAUAAUAUUGCGAUGAAGUCAUCAUCAUGAGAAUAAACGCACGAUUUUGCAGCUGAAUUCAUGCUGCCAACAAGGCCGACACCGCCAUCGAAACCACGGCACGGAGUAGAUUUCCUGGGGCCUUUGUGGCUCUCGAGGACUUAUAAAAUAACGUGUUGCCGGAGAGGCACUCCGGUGGCCGAGAACCCGCAGCUCGUGAGCAAUUGGACGGAAACGGCUUCCGAUUAUGCGGUGGACGAGAAGCUCGUCGGCACUGCUCAGGACGACCAUUGCAGAGUGUUCCAGGUGUGUCACGUCGGCUUUAAUCUGAUCUCGUUUCGGUUUCAUUACACUAGAGAAAAAAUCACGAGUCUUUUUUGUCUGAUCGAUCAAACCAAACUAGGAAGUAUGAACUUUACAGCGAUUCGGAUUAAACUAGAUCAACAUCACAACUAAUUUCAGGGAACGUUUCUGCUUUCGGCUGCGGCUCUCUACAAUUCCACGUUCCUCAGUUACGGAGUUCAGUGCAAGUGCCCGGAUGCCACAAGUCAUCAGCUUGAUCAGCACUGUCGACAGCUUCCCGCUUGUCAAAAUGGAGGAUAUCGGAGUCAGUCAAUGGGAAGAAGGUGCUCCUGUCCUCAGCCUUACUUCGGAGAGUAUUGUGAGAAGCUCUGCGAUCAAGGCCAGGUGUUAGUAGGUGAGAAUCCUUUUUGAGACCAUAACAUCCGUUCAUCCUCAGGAAUCGAUGGCAACAACUACUGUAGUUGUCUGCCCUUCUACCAAGGAGAUACGUGCUCCGACUUGGUGUGUCUGAACGGUGGGCACGAGUUCAGAGGUCGAUGCAGCUGCCCGCAUAACUUUGUUGGUUAUCACUGUGAGAUUGACACUAACAAGACAAAGUCCAACUCGAGGUACACCAAGUACGGACCACAAUCAAACUCUGAGGUAUGUUCCUUUUCGUAUUCCGCAGUACCUCAACUCAUUUAACUUCUCAGAACGGUGAGUUGUUCAGUCGAGACAUCUCCGGCACUGUAUUCAGUCUCGUCAUGAUCGUCGUCCUCGUCGUUUCAAUGUAUUUACUGAUGAAGCAUCGAAUGCAGGUAUCACUUUCUUGUCAAUAUUUGAUACAUUCGGCUGAUUCAUUGUAGGUGCAAUCACAGUAUACGACGUCACGGAGGGAUGAAAUGACACGGGCGGCCGCCAUCUACGGACUUGGUAAUCGGCGAACAAGCGCUUCUUUUUGUAACACCUGAUUCUGAUUCAGACAGCCGAACGGGCGGCACGACGACGAUCACCCGGGAUGACAUGAGGAUUCUGCCGUUUGUGGCUGCUGGAAUCGCUCCACCACCACCGUACGCUGUGUCCAGAAGUGCGCGAAGGGAAACUCUCCCGCCGCUUCCUUCUUAUGAAGAUGCCACAAAAGAUACUGUCAUCGGGUAGGUCCACCUUUCUCUCAGCUCCAAUCUCAACGAAUCACUUUUAGUCCGGCUGCGACAGUGCUAGAAAUGCAGCCCACGUCAACAACAGAAGAAGACGCUGCUGCUUCUACGUCUCCGGAUUCGUCUCGUGGGCCGGACGUUCCCUCCAGCUCUUCUCCACCACCUCCUUUCGACGCCGAACCCACUCUUCAACGAAAUGUGUCAACUAGGCGAAGUCUCUAG